UUAGAACGUGCUCAACUAAUGAAUCCUUUCCCUAAUAGAUUGCAUUAUUUCAUCAAACUAACAAUUUUACCAGGUCAUAUCCCCCCGCUACUCACCUCGUUGCUUGCUGGGACUCUGAUUUCUGGUUUCACUGUUAGUAGCCAUGGCAAUGGGAGGCGCAGAGAGGACGCAUAGGCAUGCAAAUGCUCAAGCUCAUCAUGCCAGGCUUCAGAAAAUUGUUCUGACCUGGGACUAUUUUGACCUCGUGAAACAUUCCAAAGCAAGACAGAAAGAGCGGAGUAAGAUUAAUAACGAAGGGGGUGUAGCUUUGAAGAAAGUAGGGAGCAGUUUCAAAGACAAAAAUGAGUAUUUGAGAGUGUUUGAGCCUCUGCUCCUUGAAGAAAUCAAAGCGCAGAUUAUCAGAGGCGAAGAAGAACAAGAGGCCACGGCUCCCCAACGGGCUUUAACUGUAUCGUGUGAAAAGGCCAAUGAAUUCUACACAGUCACUAUAUCAGUUCAACGUGAAGUUAUGGAGUGCUUUGGAGAGAACGAUUUAUUAAUGCUGAGCAAGGAAAUGCUUGGAGAAAGGUCAGUUCUUCCGAGCACAUAUGCAUUUGCAAUGGUGGAAGGUCGUGAUAAAGAUCAUAAACUGAAGUUGCGGAUGUUCCUUGAUGGGGAAUUCAAUCAACUCAACCUGGACCAGAUUUCACCCAGCACCAGGCUCUCAAAAAUGCUUUCAGUUCUUCAAGGAACAGAUUCAAUACUGUUUAUAUUUAAGCUAAGUAGCUUGUCAACAAUAUUGCGUGAAUAUGCUGCCCUCCGAUCAGUGGGGUCACUUCCAUUUGCAGAUCUUAUUUUCUCUGCCCAAGCAAAGAAAGUAGAGGGUAGUGCAGCCUGGAACAUUCCAAAGCCACUGAUGGAAUUCUUGGAAAGUAACCACAAUGAGUCUCAAUUAGAAGCUAUACAGGCAGGUCUUGCUCACAAUUCCAUUGUACUCAUACAGGGUCCCCCUGGAACAGGAAAAACACAAACUAUACUUGGAAUUCUAGGUGCUCUUUUACAUGCAAUUCCUGCAAGGGUGCUAUCCAAGGGUGACACUCUUACUGUCCAACACAGGCCAGAACUGAGCUUUGGAGAUAAAUUUGAGAAUUGGAUGAAGGCAUCGCCUUGGAUGAAUAAGAUUAAUCCAAGAGACAUGAUCAUGCCGAUGGAUGGGGAUGAUGGCUUUUACCCAACAACUGGGAAUGAUUUUAAACCAGAGGUGGUUGCUGCAAAACGUAAGCACCGUGUGCAUGUCCUUGUUUGUGCACCUUCAAAUUCUGCAUUGGAUGAAAUUGUCAUUCGUUUGAUGAACACUGGUAUACGUGAUGAAAAUGGGCAAGUUUAUAAUCCGAGUAUUGUACGUGUUGGUUUGCAAGCUCAUGAUUCUGUGAAUGCAGUGACUUUGGAUACUCUUUUUAAACAACGGAAAAGUGGUACGGAUCCAUCAACUGCUAAAUCUGGUUCUGGUGGGGGUACUGCAGCAGUAACAAGUGAUGAUACUAUUCGAGCCACAAUUCUAGAUGAAGCUGCAAUUGUAUGCUCCACUCUCAGCUUCAGUGGAUCAAGUAUUUUCAGCCGUGUUACACGUGGAUUUGAUGUUGUUAUAAUUGAUGAAGCCGCUCAAGCAGUGGAGCCAGCAACACUAGUUCCUUUGCUCCAUGGAUGCAAACAAGCAAUACUUGUUGGCGAUCCAAUUCAAUUGCCAGCUACUGUGCUUUCUUCGGUGGCAGAGAAGUUUGGAUAUGGUAUGAGUUUGUUCAAGAGAUUUCAACAGGCUGGUUAUCCAGUCAAAAUGCUGAAAACCCAAUACCGUAUGCAUCCUCAGAUAAGGGAGUUCCCUUCAAGGGAAUUCUACUCUGAGGCUUUAGAUGAUGGCCAAGAUGUUCUGCAUCAAACAGCUCGUGCAUGGCAUGAAUAUCAUUGCUUUGGGCCAUUCAGUUUCUUUGAUGUAGAAGGAGAGGAAUCUCAACCUUCAGGAAGUGGUUCUUGGGUCAACAUUGAAGAGGUGGAAAUGGUUCUCAUUUUGUACCGUCACCUGGUGACAAGAUAUCCGGAACUUAAAGUAGGCUCUCGGUUGGCUGUCAUCUCACCUUAUAAGCAGCAAGUCAAACUUAUUCGUGAACGCAUUCAACUUGCCAUUGGAAAUGAUGCAGCUAAACUUAUUGAUGUUAAUACAAUUGAUGGUUUCCAGGGCAGGGAAAAGGAUGUUGCAAUUUUUUCUUGUGUAAGAGCAAAUACUGGGAAAGGCAUUGGCUUUGUGUCUGAUUUUCGUCGAAUGAAUGUUGGCAUCACCAGGGCACGAGCAUCUAUGCUGGUGGUUGGCUCUGCCUCAACUUUGAUGCAAGAUGAGCAUUGGAGCAAUCUAGUAAAGAGCGCCCAAGAGCGGGAAUGCUUUUUUAAGGUUUCAAAGCCUUAUCAUUCAUUUUUCAGUGACGAGAACUUAGCUCUCAUGAAACCAAGAAAUAAAAAUGAUCAUGUUCAGCAAGUUGAACCAAGCAACACUACACAAGUGGAAGAAGCUACUGCAGUUGAAGCUAUGGAAGUUGAUCAAGAAAAUGUAGAUGAUGAUGCUCAAGAUGCUGCUGAUGGAGGUUAUGAUGAAGAUGGUGAAGAUUGACAGAGAGAUGUUCCAAAGCGAACUUGGCUUGUUUUUUUCCUUGGUUGUGGAAAUUUGUUAUCUGCCAAAAAAUUGGCUGGUAGAGGAUAUAAUUUUGCUACAGAGAAGCAUUAAAGAGAUAUAAAGCUUUAACUAUUCAUAUUCAAAUCCCAUAUCCAUUUCAUUUCAAAUGUUAACUUCCUUACAUGCCAAAAUGUGUAUGCCAGUUUUGUAGUGUUAUAGGAAAGGGCAUACAAGAUCCACAAGCAUAUAUUUCCUAUGGAUAUAAUCAUUUAUGUAUUUUAUAAUUUUUUCCUAUUCAGAGAAUCGAUCAGGAAAACCAUACAUGUAAAUUUCUAGUGAAAAAAUUAUAUCACAUACUGUGCCUUGUUUAUGUGAAAUCCCUCUUUUUGCUGUUAAUCAAAUACAACGUAGCCUUGAGACU